GCGACCAAGCAGUUCCUGGAGGAGAUCAACAAGUGGACGGGCCAGUACAAUGUGUCUCCGCUCUCCUGGAACGUGGCCGUCAAGUUCCUCAUGGCCCGCAAGUUCGACGUCCUGCGGGCCAUCGAGCUUUUUCACUCCUACCGGGAGACGCGGCUGAAGGAGGGCAUUGUGAAGCUGAAGCCGCACGAGGAGCCGCUGCGCUCGGAGCUGCUCAGCGGCAAGUUCACCAUUCUGAGCGUGCGGGACCCCUCGGGAGCCUCCAUCGCCCUCUUCACGGCCAAGCUGCACCACCCCAGCAAGAGCGUGCAGCAUGUGGUGCUCCAGGCGCUCUUCUACCUGCUGGACCGAGCGGUGGAGAGCUUUGAGACCCAGAGGAAUGGGCUGGUGUUCAUCUAUGACAUGGCAGGCUCACAGUACACCAACUUCGAGCUGGACCUCAGCAAGAAGAUCCUCAACCUGCUGAAGGGUGCCUUCCCGGCUCGGCUCAAGAAGGUUUUCAUCGUGGGAGCGCCCAUGUGGUUUCGCGUGCCCUACUCCAUCAUCAGCCUGCUGCUGAAGGAGAAGCUGCGGGAGCGGGUGCAGAUGGUGAAGAUGUCGGAGCUGAAGGAGCACCUGCCCCGGGAAUGCCUCCCCGAGUACCUCCAGCAGAGCGGGCACCCCGACCCCCUGGACGAGCUCAUCCUGGUGCCGCUGGCGGCCCCCAAAGAUAACGGCUCCGUCCACGUCCCCGGGCCCAAGUCCGUCACCCUCCAGGAGCUGCUGGAUCACGUCAGCCACAAGCAGAAACGGGGCAUCUACGAAGAGUACGAAGAUAUUCGGCGCAGGAGCCCGGCCGGCACCUUCGUCUGCUCUUUGGCACCCUACAACCAGGAGAAGAACCGGUACGGGGACGUGCCCUGCCUGGACCAAACCUUCAGGCGGGCAAAGCCGUACAGCCGCCCGGAGCUGACCGACUACAUCAACGCGAGCUUCAUGGAUGGCUACAAGCAGAGGAACGCUUACAUCGGGACUCAGGGGCCUCUGGAAAACACCUACGGUGACUUCUGGCGCAUGGUUUGGGAGCAAAACGUUCUGGUGAUCGUGAUGACAACAAGGCUGGAGGAGGGAGGCAGGAGAAAGUGCGGCCAGUACUGGCCUCUGGAGAAGGAUUUCCAGAUGUGCUUCGGGGCCCUGACCAUCACCAACUUGGGCAUGGAGAACCUCAACCAUUACAAGAAAACCAUCCUGGAGAUCCACAGCUCGGAGACCAGGGAGCGGCGGCUGGUGUCCCACUUCCAGUACCUGAGCUGGCCAGAUUACGGCGUGCCCUCCUCUGCGGCCACUCUCAUCGACUUUUUGGGGGCUGUGAAGCAGCAGCAGAGGGUGGCGGUCAGCGCCCUGGGACCUCGCUUCAAGGGUCACCCCGGGGGACCCCCGGUCGUGGUGCACUGCAGCGCUGGCAUUGGCAGGACAGGUACCUUCUGUGCGCUGGACAUCUGCCUGUCCCAGCUGCAGGACGUGGGCACGCUGAACAUCUACCAGACAGUGCUACGGAUGCGGACCCAGCGCGCCUUCAGCAUCCAGACCCCUGAGCAGUAUUACUUCUGUUACACCGCC